GCUUACCGGAAGAAUGGACCUAAUCCUUUGUAGGAUAUUUGAGUGACUCAUGAACGAUAGAUUUAAAUAUACCUGAGCUCACCUCCCUUAGUGUCAACAGAGAGCACGUAACCUCACUUCCCCAUUCUACCUGUAUUGUACAGCGUGGAAACCACCACAUCUGCUCAAUUUACAUCAAACUUGCUAGGGACAAUCCGACAAAAUGGGAAGGACUCUAACAUAUCCCAAGAAACCGUCCAACACCGUCAACCGCUACAAACAUCGAGCGACCUACGACCUCGGUGCCAUCCAUUCUAUUAUCAACUCCACCCAGGUUCUACAUGUGUCCUUCAGCCCAGGGCCGUCUGAGCCCUUUCCCGCUAUUCUCCCUAUGAUUGGGCAGAUGGGCUCCUUCGACUACCCAUCCGCCAGCAUCGACGAGCCACUGGAUUGCUACCUCCACGGCUAUGUCAGCUCUCGGAUCAUGAACCUUGCCCGCGACUCGGAGGGGGAGGGCCUUCCCGUCUGCGUGGCGGCCAGUAAAGUCGACGGGCUUAUCCUAUCACUGACGCCCAACUCCCACAGCUACAACUACCGCUCUGCCAUCAUCCAAGGCUACGCGCACCUGGUCACGGACGAGGCGGAGAAGCUGUACGCGAUGGAGCUCAUCACGAACUCCGUGCUGGCAGACCGCUGGGCCAAUACCCGUGUGCCGCCCGACCGCGCCGAAAUGUCUUCCACCGUCAUUCUCAGAGUUAAGGUCGUCAGUGGCAGCGGUAAGAUCCGCGAUGGUGGGGCGUCCGACGAGAAGAAGGACACUGGCAACGAGGAGGUCACCGACCGGGUCUGGACGGGUGUGGUGCCUGUCUGGGAGACGUUUGGAGAGCCUGUUCCGAGUGAGCAGAACAAGGUGACCGAGGUGCCGGACUAUAUCGGCGCAUUUGUGGCGGCGCAAAAUGCAGGGAACCGCGAGUAUGCGGAGAAGGCCAUUGGGAUUCAGCUGCCGAAAGAGGAGCAGCAUUGACAUGUGUUGUGUUGAAGUACCUGAAGCUUCCUUUUUUUUUUUUUUUUUUUUUUUUU